AUGCUCAGUGAACAGAUGAAGAAGCUAGUUGAAGCUGAGCUGAAGAGGGUCCAGCAGUAUGCAGUGGAUGUGACUCUUGAUCCUGAUACAGCACAUCCUAAACUCAUCCUGUCUGAUGAUGGGAAACAAGUGCAUCAUGGUGAUGUGAAGAAGAAUCUCCCAGACAACCCAAAGAGAUUUUCUUGCAGUUUUUUUGUUUUAGCAAAGCAGAGUCUCUCUUCAGGCAGAUUUUACUUUGAGGUUCAAGUUCAAGGAAAGACUAACUGGGACUUUGGAGUGGCCAGAGAGUCGAUCAACAGGAAGAAAAACAUCAGAAUGAGCCCUCAGUGUGGUUACUGGACUGUAUGUAUGAGAAAUGGAAAUGAGUACAAAGCUCUUGCUGACCCUCCAGUCCGUCUCUCUCUGAAGUCUCGUCCUCAGAAGGUGGGGGUGUUUGUGGAUUAUGAGGAGGGUCUGGUCUCCUUUUAUGACGUAGAUGCUGCAGCUCUUAUCUACUCCUUUACUGGCUGCUCCUUCACUGAGAAACUCUUCCCAUUCUUCAGUCCUGAUAAUAAUGAUGGUGGUACAAACUCUGCACCUCUGAUCAUCUCUCCUGUCAGAGUAAAAUAAUCACUUAUUUCAUGUACUGAUUUAUUUCUAUUCAAAGAAACAUUUAGUGUGAAAACUGUAGUUUAU